CGCACAUGCGCGCGGGGGACCCGUCUGGGGAAACCCCCCCUUUGGCCCACGUGCCCCCGGCCGAGUCAAGGGAGUCCCUGGGCAUGUGCAGAGUGCGCCCGAGCCUUCCUGCUCCCUGGAGGCUCUUCCGCCCCCUUGGGGUUUCCCGCGAGGAGGCAGCAACCCCUCCCGAAGGAUCUCGGGGCCCCGUGACCGGCCUCCGCCCGCCGACAGGCGCUCCUUCUUACAGCAAAGCCCCCGGAUGCGGCUCCGGAGCGGGAGUUAUGCUAAUCGCCGCGGGAAGCGCGAAAGCCGAUUUCGGCUUGCAAAGCACCGGCUGGGAUUUGAGUCCUUGGUGGGCCGCUUAUUCAGCAGGUUGCACUUGGUGACUUGGAAUGUGGGCACAGCUUCUCCCCCUCCUGAUGUCACCUCUUUGCUGCAGCUCAACUUGCAAGACCAGGAAAUGGACAUGUAUGUCAUUGGUUUACAGGAGGUGAACUCCAAGAUUGUGAAUUUCCUAUCCGACAUGGCCUUUGAUGAUCCUUGGAGUAUUUUCUUCAUGAAUGUUCUUUCUCCUCUGCGCUAUGUCAAGGUAUCUUCCAUACGCAUGCAGGGCCUCCUCCUCCUGGUCUUUGCAAAGCAGCCUCACGUCCCCUUCAUACGGGACAUUCAGAGCCAGUUCACUCGCACGGGUCUCUACGGAUAUUGGGGAAACAAGGGGGGUGUCACCACUCGCAUGUCUGUCUAUGGACAUACCAUCUGUUUCCUGAACUGCCACCUGCCAGCCCACAUGGAGAAUGCAGGACAGCGGCUGGAUGACUUUGAGCGUAUCCUGGAGAUGCAGCAGUUUGAAGGCGAAAAGAUUCCCAACGUCCUGGAUCACGACGUUCUCUUCUGGUUUGGUGACUUGAACUUCCGGAUUGAAGAUUACGGCCUGCAUUUCAUUCGAGAAUCAAUCAAUAACAGCCGAUUCAGCCUUUUGUGGGAAAAGGACCAGCUUAACAUCGCUAAGAAGAAGGAACCCAUUCUUCAAGAAUUCAUGGAGGGGCCCCUGAAGUUCAAACCCACCUACAAGUUUGACCUGUACUCAAAUGACUAUGACACCAGGGGGCAGAAGACGCUCUUUUGGUUUAAUGGGAAGAAGCGGAAGCCUGCGUGGACGGACCGGAUCCUCUGGAGGGUGAAGCACCUUUUGCAGUUGGCCUCGGAGGCAGGAGAGAUGCCAGAAGAGGAGGCCAUUUCUGUGUCCCUGCACAGCUACAUCAGCCACAUGAGUUACGGCAUCAGCGACCACAAACCUGUCACCGGGACCUUUGUACUUGAGAUGAAGCCUCUGCCCCCUGUCCCACUGGUCAGGCUGCAUCCUGUGGGCAACUGGGAUGCUGAGCAAGAUGCCACCGUCCGCUACUCCACAGCUCCUGAAUUCCCAAGCAGUGCCUGGGAUUGGAUUGGUCUCUACAAGGUGACCUUCAAGCAUGCAAAUGACUAUGUGAUGUACGCCUGGGUGCAAGACAACGAGAUUUCCUCUGAGGAGGAUGCCAAGCAGGUCUAUCUCAGUGCUGAGGAGCUUCCAGCAACCGGAGGAGAGUUUCUCCUGGGUUAUUACAGCAACACAAUGCAAUCCCUGGUUGGCAUCAGUCAGCCCUUUCAGAUUCAACCAAGGAGAAUGUUAGCAGAGAAGGACCUAGCCUGGGACGGAGUCAGCAGGAUGCAGGAGCAGCUCUGUGAUGAGAAACCACCGUGUGACUUUUGAACUGUGCCACGUGCCCCUGCAGCAGGGUCUGUGAGGAGGGAACCUCCUUCCUCUGCCUUAGAAACAGGCCUCUCUCUGAAGAAGGCUAGAAAAACAGGUGGGCAUGUGAGUUUGAGCAGCCCAGAGCAUCAUUUCCUAGGAAAUAAAUAGUUCUAUUGCUGUC